ACGACGCCUUGUCUCACGGUGUGGAUGUUUUUGUCCAUGUGCUGUACACACAAUCCACGCGAUGCCAUUUGCGAGUCUCUGGUGUGAUCACAAAUUGUAGUGAAGUCUCCGGGCCUCCGCUUUUUCACGACGUGCACACGAAAAGCCGUUGGUCAUCUCAGAAAGCCGGACUUGAGUGCGAGAUUCCCUAAUAUUGAAUUGCUUUGGAGAAGAGAAGGAGGAGGAGGAAAAAAACAGCCAAAAACGAAAUAUACAAUCACUUUUAAUUAUUCAAUUAACCAAGUUAGUGAAGCUCUGUAACGGAAAAAAAAUUCCACCCAGUGUGUAUCUGUGUAAAUUUGCAGAGACAAAUUAAGAGCGACCAAAUGGUGGCUACUCUGGACGAAUCUUUAUUGAAGAUUAUUAUUGAUUAAUUAAAAUUAAUUUUCAUCAUUUGAUGUGGUUGUGCUUUUCUCCCAUUUCGAAUUGAUAUCAAUUGCUAGGCCAUCAGUGACCAGUAGGAAGUCGCCGAGACCGAACAGAGAGUCUUUAGGAGGGAAACACAGCCAGCCAUAACUGGCUUCAGACGAUUCCUCAGCAUUGCAAAUUGAUCGAGAAGUUAAUCGAGAUUAAUGAGGGUGGACAAAAAACAGCCGGAUUUGCUUGGACUUUAAGCAAAAAGGUUGCUUUAAGAUUUUUUUUUUUAACUGUGACUUUGACACAUCCUUAAGACAAGAAGUGCUUGGUGACGUUGAGAAACAGAAGCUCCUGAUUAUUUAACCAAUCAACUGUGUGUUGCUGUUGUGAAAAGAAAACUGUGUGAGAGAAAAGAACUAAGAAAAAACUAUAGCGUGAAAACUGUGUUGUCUAGCGAAAUCUUCUAAGAAAGACACACGACUUCAUCCAUUGAGGGAGUGACUUGGAGUUUGGCAAACGCAAGAACAAAAACCUGAAAACCAUCGAGAGUUCAGAGACUUCGCAAGCGACACAGUGGAAAAAGCUCAAGGAGAUCCAAUUUUGAACGCUUCCGACGAGUCGGGAUGCGAGUCUGAUAUGGCUGAGGGUUGCGAGGACGCGGCUGAGAAUAGCAACGGCAGUGGUGAGCCCAUUGCAAUGCUCGGGGGCACUGUAAUGCCCUGUGAAUCAUCGUCCGGACCCACACUGGGUGUCAUCAAGCGCGAGCUGGAGUCCAUUCAGUCCGCCAACAGCAUCAUGACGCCGUCAUCCACAUCAUCAUCGCCAACAAUGCAGCAGCAGCAGCAGCCAAUCAAUCUGAAAUCAGAGCAGGACUUGGACAGGGAUGGCGAGAGUACUCCGCCGGGGAGUCCACAGCAUGUGGGGGCGUCGCACCUGAAUGAGCGCCUGGCGACGGGCCUGUUCAGCGCCUCAAUCCUGGGCGGAGAUCGACAGACAUCGUCCGAGCACGCGAAAGCGGCGGCCGCCGCCGCGGCCGUGGCUCAAGCUCAUCUAAACGGAACUAUGCAGGGAAUGUUGAACCUCCAGAAGCUGCAGAACCUCGCCACCAUUCAGCACGCCUCGAUGCCACCGUCCUUGAGUGGAUUGCAGGGACUGGGCCUGUCUGGGCUCAACUCUCCGCUGAACUUGAGCGUGAGCGGCGCACCUAGCAGCAACACAGGCGCCGGCGGUAGCGCCGGAGAUGCAGGACAGGCGCCGUCAAUCGGAAGUGCACAGCUGCCGCAAUUAAUUCUGGCCUCAGGACAACUGGUGCAGGGUAUACAGGGGGCGCAAUUGCUAAUACCCACGUCACAAGGAAUCGCCACGCAGACCAUCCUCACGAUUCCCGUGAGCCAGCAAGUCCACUCGAAUGAGCAGCUGGUGCAGCACUUGGCGGCGCUCAGCAACGGCAGCUCCAGUUUAAACGGUCCCGUGACGCCGCCCAUUCUCAACCGCCAUCUGCUGUCCAACGGCGUUCAGCAGCUCUUGUCCGCUGUCCAGCCGAGCCUCUUCGGCGCCACAAGUCCUCACCAGACGAUGCCACAGGCGCCCGUGACGCCGUCCUCUAGCGUGUCGCCGAGACGGAUGGCGUCUGCGUCACCCCCGCUAAGCCACCAUGGCCGUAACCUGCACACGUCGCCCAAAGCCAGCCCGCCAAGGGGAUCCUCGGCCGCCCACCACUUCGACAAGCUGCCAACGACCACGGCCACCGCGACUUCACAGGCACCACACUCGCCGCUCUAUUCAGCCACGCCGGCCAACGGCCACGGUGCGGCCGGCGGACAGCCGUCGGGUGCGGGGCCGCAGAGUCAAGCGUCCCUGCUCACGGCCACCAGCACCAGCCGCCACUCGCCCAUUCCAGCCACCAUGAAUAGGCUAUCAUCGCAGAACGGCGAAAUAACCAUUACCAAGGCUCACGGGCCGUCGCCUAGCCACAGUUCUUCUGGCUCUGGCUCGAACCACCCCUCGAGUCAACACACUGUGCCACCCAUGAAGCUCAGUCCGUCCUCGAUGCACCUCUCGCCGACCGGCACGGACAACUCAAACGCGGAUUUCCUGGCGGACUCUCCUAAUGAACCUACCAUCAAUCAGGCGACCUGCAAUGUGGUGGACGGAAUCGACCUGGAUGAGAUCAAGGAGUUUGCCAAAGCCUUCAAGUUGAGGCGUCUCUCGCUCGGACUCACCCAGACUCAGGUGGGACAGGCUCUCUCGGUUACAGAGGGGCCGGCCUACAGCCAGAGCGCCAUCUGCAGCAGUGCCCUCGCCGCACAGAUGUACGCCGCUCAAUUCUCGACGCAACAACAGGCUAUGUUCGAAAAAUUGGAUAUCACCCCAAAGAGUGCUCAGAAGAUUAAGCCGGUGCUUGAGAGAUGGAUGAAAGAGGCGGAAGAGAGUCACUGGAAUAGGUACAAAAGUGGUCAGAACCAUUUGACGGACUUCAUAGGUGUGGAGCCAUCGAAGAAGCGAAAACGACGAACUUCCUUCACACCUCAAGCUCUAGAAUUGCUCAAUGCUCACUUUGAGCGCAACACACAUCCGUCAGGAACAGAAAUAACUGGCUUAGCUCAUCAGUUGGGAUACGAGCGUGAAGUGAUACGAAUUUGGUUCUGCAACAAGCGUCAAGCCUUAAAGAAUACAGUCCGAAUGAUGUCCAAAGGAAUAGUAUAAUGUGGGAUAGAGGAAUUUACUACGGAUCUCAUCUCACAGAGAUGACCAUUGAUUUGUUUCAUAUCACUUUUAUCACUAGACACAGAGAACCACUGCAAGAUGCUAAAGUAGCGACGAGAAUUCACAAGGAGACACUUAAGAAGUCCACUGAGGGUGUUUGUAUGAUGAAUUCAUUAUAAUUGUAUAUAUAAAAAUAGAUGAUGAGAUAUUUGGAAAUUUUACAUAGUAUGUAAGAAAAAACCGUUAUAAAUAUAAGUUUCAUUUUGCCAUAAAUUAUUUUGCAGCACUGCGAAUUUACAAGAAAUUCUUUGUAUAAUUAUUUAAUUGUGAAGCUCGUGAGUUUCUAUUUAGUUGCUGGGAAAAAUACAGCAAAUUUUUUCAAAUUAAACGUUGUGUCAUUUUCAAUGAGUUCAAAUUCGUUGUACAGAGUAGAUUUAUAGGUUCUCAAUCACACUGGAUUAGCUUAAAAUGUAGGCUUAAUCAUGAGUUGAUCCUCUGUGGCCAUGGGACGAGAAUUUAUUUCUAUAAAAUAUUCAUAAUUUUUGUUAUUUAAUGGCAAAAAUAUGUGAAACCAAAGUUCCUAUACAUACUAUAGAAAGACGUUAGACAGGAGCGUUCUAAUAGAUUAAUUCAGAAUGUCAGAAUGUAAGUUUGGGAAGGGGGAUUCCCAAGGAGGAGCAGAAUCAGGUGAGAAGGUGGGAAAAAAUGUGUAAAUAAAUUUAUCCUUUGAGUGUAGAGAAGUGUUUUGCGGGUGGAAUCAAAAGAUAAAAUAACUACAGGACACGGCGGUAUUCCUUUUGAAUAUUAUAUACGUAGUAGUGAUUAAGUUUGAUUGUUGAGUUAAUAGAAGGCAGAAAACAAUUAUGAAAUGAACAUAAAAUAUCGAAUAAUUUUAAUUUUAAUAGAACAAACAUGAACGGAAAUAUCCAGAUUACAAUAAAGAAUCAUGUAAAAGAAUAUUUAAAAAAAAAUGUGUAAAAAGAAAUUAAAAUCACAAGAGGUUACAAGAAUAAUGUCACUUAAAAUUCUGUCAAAUAUUCCAAGAUAAAGAAAAACAAGAAA